ACAAUACCACGUAAGAUUCCUUAAUAUCGCCGGCCUAUUGUUGGGUCUACAUAAAAAUCCAAAAAUGAAUACCUUUUUGUCUAGACUAAACACUAUUUUUGCUUUUUUUCUAAGCGUAAUGGCAGCCUUAACAUUUUUAUGCUUCUUAUCGACUUGUUUGAAUACAAAUGAUUCGAAAGUGAGCAUAAAUACGCAAAAAGGUGCCAGAUUUUGGAGCAGGGAGAGAAAGAAGCGACUUAGGAUUUAUUACACCAUUAAUCAAGUCGUUCUAUGGGAUAAAAUUAUUCAAAGAGGUGAAAGUGCUGUUUUGGACUAUCGUAGUAUGAAUACUAAAUAUUACUUUCACGAUGAUGGACAUGGACUAAAAGGUCAUAAAAAUGUUACUUUAAGUUUAUCUUGGAAUGUUAUUCCAAAUGCUGGGAUGCUGCCGAAUAUCUUCGGAACUGGAAGCCAUAAAUUUGAAUUUCCCGUUCAUUAUGCUACAUCAAAAUUUUAA